UUUGGAUGGGUCUCAAAAGACUGGAAAUUUACUCUUUGUUUUAAGGGAGUAUAGCCAAAACGAUUCCUCGACUGGACCGUGAAAGCUUCUACCCAUGGCCGCCACCGCUGCCUCUUUCCGCCCUCUCACCGUCGCUGCGGCUCGAUCUUCCUCUUCAUCCUCUUCCUUGUCCCGUCGUUUCGCUCUCUUCCACCUGGCUAGCGCUGUGCCACAAGCCCAAUUAUUUGGAAUGAAGCCUUUGCGAUUAAAAAGAGCAGCAGCAGAUGACGCUUUAGUUCGUUCUACUGGGAACAUUGCUCAAACUAGCACCACUAUUACUCAAGAGAACGCCUUGGAAUGGGCCAAAAAGGAUAACAGAAGGCUACUUCAUGUUGUUUAUCGUGUGGGUGAUUUAGACAAGACAAUAAAAUUUUACACUGAGUGUUUGGGUAUGAAAUUAUUACGGAAGCGUGACAUUCCCGAGGAACGAUAUACAAAUGCUUUCCUUGGCUAUGGACCUGAAGAUUCACAUUUUGUUGCCGAGCUCACUUAUAAUUACGGAGUUGAAGAAUAUGAUAUUGGAGCUGGUUUUGGUCACUUCGGUGUCGCAGUUGAAGAUGUUGCUAAAACUGUUGAUCUUAUAAAAGCCAAAGGUGGUAAAGUGACAAGGGAACCUGGUCCUGUUAAAGGAGGUAAAAGUAUUAUUGCUUUCAUUGAGGAUCCUGAUGGUUAUAAGUUUGAGCUUUUGGAAAGAGGUCCAACACCAGAGCCAUUGUGCCAAGUAAUGCUUCGAGUGGGAGAUCUUGAUCGAUCCAUAGAAUUCUACAAGAAAGCUUUUGGCAUGGAUCUUCUACGUAAACGAGAUAAUCCUGAAUAUAAGUAUACCAUUGCAAUGAUGGGUUAUGGUCCCGAAGACAAGAGUGCUGUAUUGGAGUUGACAUACAACUACGGAGUUAAAGAAUAUGACAAAGGAAAUGCCUACGCACAGAUUGCUAUAGGCACCGAUGAUGUGUAUAAAACUGCAGAAGCUAUAAAAUUGUAUGGUGGGAAGAUAACUCGGGAACCAGGCCCUUUACCUGGCAUCAGCACUAAGAUCACCGCUUGCCUUGAUCCUGAUGGUUGGAAAGCAGUUUUUGUUGAUAACAUUGAUUUCGCAAAGGAAUUGGAAUGAGGGAUCUGCUGCAAUUGACGGCUUUUUCAUCUGGCCAAUCGUUAUUGAAGAAGCCGUCUGUUUCAGAUCUGAAUUUGUAGAUAAAGCCUUUCGUUCUACCGUGUGAAGGUGUAGUAUAGAUUAGCAACUGCACUCGGUGAAUACUCUGUAGAUGUGAGUUUUAUUUUGAAAUGUUUGCUGAUUAAUUUAAUUUUUUUGUUUUUUUUAGGAAAUGGAGUUUAAUAUUAUGUUAUCAAUGUCAAUCUGUAUUCUGUGCAAAAAUUUAUGUUUGUCUGCAGGCAUUUUUUAAUGUUGAA